AUGGCUGCAGUCGUAUUUAUCACCGUCCACGGCUCAAAUGGUACCACGAUUUCAUUGGUGUGCUCCAAAACAAAGGUAGCACCACUCAAGCGGCUCACCAUCCCGAGACUUGAACUCACCGCAGCGCUGCUGCUCUCAAGACUCAUGCAAUACGUUCAAGCCACAUUGAAGUUGAACGUCACAGCAACUCACCUGUGGACGGACUCUGUUGUGACACUCACGUGGAUCAAAUCUCAUGCAUCACGCUGGAAGGAUUUCGUGAGAAAUCGAGUUUCGCAGAUCCAAGAGCUCACUGCGAACGCACAUUGGAAAUACGUACCAGGUACGUCCAACCCAGCCGACUGCGCAUCACGAGGAUUAAGUACUGCUCAACUCCAAAGCCACUCAUUAUGGUGGACGGGACCACCGUGUAUACUCACCCCUGAAGCUUGGCCAUCACAACCCACGCUGUCGGACGAGUUGAGCGCUCAUGAGGCUCGUCCUGGCAUUGCGCUACAUGCGGCCGCAUCUCAACCGGACUAUCACUGGGACCUGAUAUAUAGGUACUCAACACUCAACAAGUUAUUGAAAAUAACAGCUCUUUGUUUCAGAUUCAUAUCGCUUCUGGGAAAGCGCCGACGCAAGCCACUGGACUUGCACUCAGCUUUGGAGGAGGCCAGAUUCUUCUGGAUUAAGGCUACUCAAGCGGCAUACUUCACGCACGAGAUCAAGAUGCUCACGGCCAACUCGAGACUACCAACUGCUCACGCAUUCAGUCGGUUGACUGCGUAUAUAGACGCUAAAGGGAUUAUCCGAGUUGGCGGCCGCCUCAACCAAUCAGCGCUAUCUCAAGACAACAAACAUCAGGCGAUUUUGCCUCGCCACGCACGGUUUUCAACCCUGAUCAUUGCACACGCCCAUCUGCGUACCUUGCAUGGAGGAACACAGCUGACAUUGGCUCAUGUCAGACAAAAUUACUGGAUCAUCGGCGGACGGGCUCCGGUGAAGUCUCAUAUUUUACGGUGUGUCGUGUGUGCUCGGCAGAGGGGGAUCCGUGCUCAUCAACUGAUGGGCCAACUACCUCUCUCUCGAGUUACGCCGUCACGUCCGUUUACUCAUACAGGAGUUGACUAUGCCGGACCGCUCACCAUCAAAACAUGGAAAGGACGAGGUGCGAAGACAUACAAGGGAUGGAUCUGUGUGUUCGUCUGCUUUUCCACCUCCGCAAUUCAUCUCGAAGUAGUCAGUGACUACUCAUCAGAAGGAUUUAUAGCAGCCUUUCGAAGAUUCUCAGCCAGAAGGGGAAUUGCUCAGACCAUGUAUUCGGAUUGCGGGACAACAUCCAUUGGAGCAGACGCCGCGCUUAUGAAAAUGUUCAUCCAGAGUUCCCAAGAACAUCAACGAAUCACUCAAAUUCUACAGCAGGAUUGCAUCAGAUGGAAGUUCAACCCACCAGGCGCUCCACACAUGGGGGGCAAGUGGGAGGCGGUGGUGAAAUCGGUGAAGUUUCACCUGAGACGGACUAUCGGGGAGACUCUACUCACAACGGAAGAACUUACAACGUUGCUUACGCAAAUCGAGGCCAUUCUCAACUCGCGGCCUUUAGAACCGUUGAGUGACGACCUUGAAGACGUCUCAGCGCUCACACCAGGUCAUUUCCUCAUUGGAGGUCCACUCACUACCAUACCCGAGUCAUCUCUGAUUGACCUAGCAACCUCACGCCUAUCUCGAUGGCAGCUCAUCCAACAGCGGGUUCAACAUUUUUGGGCACAAUGGUCGGCUCAUUAUCUGCAACGCCAGCAGGCGAUAUCCAAGUGGCAUCAUCCUAACAACAAUAUCAAGGUGGGGUCCAUCGUGCUGCUCACCGACGAACGCUCUCCACCGUGCAAGUGGCCACUCGCCAGAGUAACGGCCUUGCACCCCGGCAAGGAUGGACUCACCAGGGUGGUUACCCUCAAGACGGCCACCACGACACUCACUCGGCCAAGUGCCAAACUUGCCAUAUUACCCAUCAACUAG